AUGAUGUUUGUUUUGUGGAUAUCUCUCGGAUUAAACUUCUUCACGUCUGCACCAAGCCAGCCCUGGCUGCCUCCAAACCCUACAGAUAAAUGUCUGGAUGAGUCAAUAUUAUACACAAACACUACAAGCUUUGGAAAUUGGUCUACCAAUAGCAACGAUACGAUAUUUUCUUCCAGUAAUUUAUCUGUGAGGAUUGCUGUUUACAACCAGGAAAUGGAGGUUUUCACAGCAUAUGAGCCGCAAGGCCUGGACAAGCUGUAUUCGGUCUCGUUCCGAUGGUUUGGUACUAUUGGGUGUGUGAUGGCUAUCGCCCUCGGUGCUUUUGUAAGCUAUAUCACAGGACAUCCAUCGGCAGAGGAGGUAGACGUGAGAUACAUAUUGCCUCUUGGUGAUCAAGUCUUUCCGUAUCUGCCAAAGAAGGCUCGUCAAUAUCUGGAGUUUGGAGUAGAUUUUGGAAAGAGAAAACGCUGGCUAGAACAAUUGGAAGAUACGAAACAAUCUGAAUUGGCUGAGAAUCUGAACGUCGAAGUGGAGAUGUUCUAG